AGGCGAGGCUACGGAAGGGAUUUACUAUUGUAGACAGUGGACCUCCCAGCUUGUUUACAAUUACAUCUUAUAGAAUUUUUCUUCGAAAAUGUCACCUAAACUUUAAAUUGAACAAAACGAGAUUAUGACAACCUAGACGUCAAGUUGAUAUGUCAUGAGGAAACGGAGACGCUGGAGAAAUAUCCAGUACUUCCUGGCCCUUUAUUUAGUUGCGCUGACAUUUGGGAACUUGAAACGUGCUAAAGGAGCUGAAGCGCAGCAAAACGGAACAACAAAUCGUGCUCGUGGAUUAAAAUCUAUCGGAAAUAAUAACAAUGGAAAUAAUCAUUACAAUCCACACUAUUUAGAUGAAAAACUUCGAAAAGUUCGCGAUGUCGAUGAAAUGAGAUUAAAAAGAAUUGAGAAGAGAGAUCAAUCGGAGAAGAGCAGUGAGAUAGUUAAUAAAGCGGUAGAAGAAGCUAAAGCAGCUUCAGAAGCUCAAGGAAUGGCUGCGCAACAGGCUGCUCAUCAGGUAAAGUCUCAAUUAGCAGACAGAGCGAUUCGUGCUGCAAAAGCCGCUGAAGCAGCAUUGUCGGGUAAAAUCGCUUUGUUAGAACAGUUGGGUGAAGAAACUAAAGAAGCGCAAAUAGUGUUCCAAGAUGGCAGUUUAGAGUUGGAACAAGUGCGAAAAAGUACGAAUGCAGCUAUACGCAUGGCGCGUGACUCAAGACAGCAGUUACAAAUGUUGACCAAAGCUGUAAAUAUGGUGAAAACAAGUAUGAGGAAUGCGGAUGUGUCUGUCGUCGGGGCUAAACGAUCGCUGGCGAGCAAGCAAAAACUACUAGGGGCUGCGAAAAAACGCGUCGAAGACUUAGUCGAACGACUGCACGUCGCAGAAGAUGAUCUUAUGAAAAUACGUAGUGUUGCCAUUAAAGCCCAAGAAUUUGCUCGCAAUGCAAGAGCUAAAGUUGAUCGUAGCAUUUAGUAUAAUUUCAUUAAUAAAUUCAUUUAGUUACAUUCAGUAUUAUAUAUACAUGAAUGUAUUAAUCAAUCAAAUAAUUAAGUAGGCUAUGAAGAAACAAAUGACUCUCGCUAAUAAACGUCAUUAAUGGGUUAAUAAAAAAAAAUUACCGACUUACUUUAAAUAUGAGAAUGCUAUGUGUUUUAUUUACUGUCUUUUUAAUUGAUAAUACGUUAAAAGUUGCAGCUAACAGUGUCCGAGAAUUACGAGAAACAGGUGAGGUGAGGUAAAUUUUUUCGAGCAUUGAAUACGACACGUUUUA